CCCACCCAUCCUCCUUUCUUUCCCAGGAAAAGAGUCUGAUUAGCUAUUAAGUAAAAGCAAAUACUACUUUUCUCAUUAUUCUCGCUCUUAAUCGAAAGCUCAAGUUCAAUCACAAACCAAGCCAAAGCAACAAGAAGAAGAUGUCGCUGAUUCCAAGCUUCUUUGGUGGCCGACGAAGCAGCGUCUUCGAUCCCUUCUCCCUGGACGUUUGGGACCCCUUCAAGGAUUUUCCUUCCUCCUCGCUCAUCCCAGAGUUUUCAAAGGAAAACUCUGCCUUCGUCAGCACCCGAAUCGAUUGGAAGGAGACCCCAGAAGCCCAUGUGUUCAAGGCUGAUGUUCCAGGGCUCAGGAAAGAAGAAGUGAAGGUGGAGGUUGAAGAGGAUCGUGUACUCCAGAUCAGCGGUGAGAGGAACGUAGAGAAGGAGGACAAGAACGAUACUUGGCAUCGGGUUGAGCGUAGCAGUGGUAAGUUCUUGAGGAGGUUUAGGCUUCCUGAGAAUGCCAAAUUGGAUCAGAUUAAGGCUGCUAUGGAGAAUGGUGUUCUGACUGUUACUGUUCCUAAAGAGGAGGUCAAGCGGCCUGACGUCAAGGCCAUUGAAAUCUCUGGUUAAAACUUUUUGGCUUUGAUUUGCUGAGAGUGGUUUGUCUAUGUGUGUUUCAGGAGUGCAAAUAAGAUGGUUUUUGUAAUCGUUGCAAUUUCUAAGGUCCUGUGGAGUCUUUGUUUCUCUGUUUUUAUCCUUGUAUAAAUGAAGUCUGGUAAUAUGUACUGUAAAGGUGAGGUAUUUUGCAAUUAAUAUAAUAAUUUUAAUCGUUUUUAUUAUUA